UAUAUUGUGUUUAUUAUUUAUUAUAUAAUAUCAUAUGGGUAAUUAAGAAGGAAUGUGCUGUCUAUCUAGAGAUAAGGAAUAUCAUAUUUUAAACAAUGAAUUAGUUAUAUAUCGAGAAUAUUUAAAUGUGAAAAUAACAGUCAAAUUAGGUGAUAUAUCAAAAGAAUCAGGUGAGAGUGUAAGUAAUUAAAAUAUCUCUAAUUCAAGUCUGUUUAUACACAAAUCCUGAGAAAAUACCUUUAUAACCAGCUCAUACUUAAUAGGUUUAUGAUACUCUGUGCAAAAGUAAUAAAGAUUAUCAUAAAUUUGUAGUUGGUUUUGAAUAAGUGUUUACUUAAAAUCUAGAAAUGAAUAACUACAAAUGCAUUACGUUCUAUAGAGUGAGAGCCUUUGAAGUAUAAAAUUAUAUAAUUUGUUUAGUCAGAAAAAGAUUUGUUUUAAUAUUAUAAUGGAUUCAAAGAAUGGUAAUAUAAUAAUAAUAUUAAUAUAAAUAGUUUGACAUAAUUAAAUGAUGAUCAGUACAAAGAUAUUUUGAUUUGUGAUUGUCCAAUUAAAUAGAGUAGAUCUUUUAGUUCUGAAGUCCUUGUCAGAUCAGUUAUUGAGUAUCAUAUUAUAAUACUUCCUUAGUUUCAUUGAGGAAUCCAAUAAUCGACUCAAUAUAAAGAGUAUUACAAUUAUGAAUUGUGAUAAAAAGAGUGUAAUAUACCAUAAUUUAAUAAAGAGUCUCGUUUCCUUAAAUAUGAACUAAUCAAAUAAAUUGAAGAGUCUAAGUAACCAGCUUUGAGGAAAGAUAGACAAAAUAAGUUUAUGAAAUUUAUCACCUCAACCAAGAGUGUAACUUCAGAAAUGGGAAGAUAAAAUAAAUGUGAUUUCAGUUUAUAAGAUUUUGAUUUAGGAGAUGAAUCUAAAUUAAUGAAUUUGAAAUAAGAAUAAUGA